GUCCUGUGAAUGUGACUUUUGAGGGAUUUACAAAACGUGGUGGGGUCUUCAAAUACAGCUUUAGAGAUUCCACAGGUUCUUUGUGGGUUCUACAAUCUUAGUCCAUAAUGGGUGAGAAAACAUUGACAUUUUUCCAUGGUGGAUUUUUCCUCCAUAGCCCUGAUUUACGUAUACAGAGACUUGGUUUGGAGCAAGGAUUAUUUGAGAUUCGUAAUGAUAUUGAUGCAUUGGAGAUGGCAGAACAUCUAAUUGAACACGAUAAUGUGAAUGUUUAUAUUCACAAUGGGCUUGGGCAUAUGCUACUUGAUGCACCUCAUAGUAUUCAUGAUGUUAUUGAAUUGAUGAUGAUGAGAAUGAGAAUGAAGAUAAUGAAGAAAUUGGAACCAAUAGGGGUUCAUAAGGGCAAAGGAAAGGAGAUUGCAGAAGAUAUAAAUGGUGAAUACAAGUUGUUCGAUUCCGAUACAUCUAUUGCUAGUUCUGAAGGAGAGAGAGACUCAGACUACAUUGACAGUGAUGAUCCAGGGGAGUAUGUAUCAGAUUCUGGUAAUGAAUUCUUUGCCAUUGAUGAUGCUCUUAGGCAAAAAACUUCAUGUCCUAUUUAUGACCCCACUUGUGCUAUUCCACAUUUUGAGCUUGGUAUGAAAUUUCAAAAUCAUAUCCAGUUCAAGAAAGCUGUUGCUAAGUACUCUUCAUACAAGGGGUUUGCUCUUAAGUGGUUAAGAAAUGCUCCAGAUAAGCAAAGAAUUAGAUGCAUGGCUGAAAGUUGUCCAUGGUAUAUUUCUGCAACUUAUCAGAAAAGGGAUGUCAGCUUUAAAGUGGUAGCUUCGGUUAGGGAGCAUAUUUGCCUCAAAAAUAUGAAAAAUCCAGCAGUCACCGUAAAGUUUUUAGCUGAGCAUCACAAAAUGAGAAUUCGAACUGUACCAGGGAUUAAAAUCAGUGAACUUAUUAAGUUUAGUAAGAUUGAGUGUAAUGCUAUCGUGAAGAAGGACAAAAUGGCAAGGGGUAUUUUAGCAGCUGUUAAAUCAGUUUUUCCUAAGGCUGAGCACAAAUUUUGUGCUAGACAUAUCUAUGCAAAUUGGGCAAAAGAUCCUUUAAAUAGAGGGGAUGAAAAGAAGCUGCACUUUUGGAUAACUAGUAGGUCUACUUAUGUUGAGGAGUUUAAUGACAACAUAGUCCAUAUGCAAGGGCUAACACAAGCUGGGCAUGAUGCAUUAGCAAAUGCUAGAGCCCAAGAGAUGGUGCAAGGCUUUCUUUCAAACAUAUUCAAGGCUAUAUGUAGCAUGACAGCUGAGCUGGUAGAUAAGUUGAUGGUUAGGCAUGGUGAAAAGAAGGCAUUUUGUAGGAAAUGGCCUACUGACAUUGCUCCAAGAGCAUACAAGAAAUUGCAGAAAAAUGUUCGCAUUGCAGCUUAUUGCCAUCCACAAUGGAAUGGGGAAACAUCAUUCAAGAAGGUUGGUCCCAAGGGCAAAAAACAUGCUUACAAGAAGAGAAAAGAAGUUGGUCUUGGUAUCUUUAAUGACCCAUUCACUGGAGAUGUCAUUUUGGAUCCUGGACAUGCUUCUGAGUUGUUUGUUUCAAGUGGAAGUCAGAGGGAAAGAAGAGGAAUGCAGCAAGAGUUUAGGGAGAUUGGGCCAAGGAUUGAAGUUGGAGAAAGCUCAAAACAAGGGAGCAAGAGAAAUGGAAGACAUGAAAAUGGGAUCCAGAUUUCUAGGAAGAAGAGAACCUCAAAAAAACAGAAAAAUUAAGUCUACUGUGUUAGUUUGCUUAAGUCUACUGGUAUUUUUGUUAGAAUGUAUUCUGGUCUUUUAUUUAUGUAUAAUGUUACUGUGGUAUUGCUUCUGAGUUGUUAGAAUGUAUUCUAUUGCAGUACCAAUGUAUUCUGGUCUGUUGCUUAAGUUAAAACUGGUAUUUUUGUUAGAAUGGAUUCUGGUAUUUUGUUUAAGUCUACUGUGUUAUUUUGCUUAAGUCUACUGGUAUUUUUAUUUAAGUCUACUGAUAUUUUUGUUUAAGUCUACUGGUAUUUUAUUUAUGUAUAAUGUUACUGUGGUAUUGCUUCUUAGUUGUUAGAAUGUAUUCUAUUGCAGUACCAAUGUAUUCUAGUAUGUUGUUUAAGUUAAAACUGGUAUUUUUAUUAGAAUGGAUUCUGGUUUCUUUGUUUAAGUCUACUAUAGUAUUCUAUAAUGUAUUAUUUUCUUUUACAAUGUAUUUUGGUCUAUUGUUAGUUUGAUAUACAUCAUAUUCUGUAGACUUGCAAAGAAUGAGAAUAUACAAAAUAAACACUUUUCAUUUCC